CUGAGUCCAGAGUUCAGAAAAGGACGGUGCCUUUUCCUCCCAUGAGUAUAAAAGGAUGCGUCAAAUGUGGUUUCUGCAUAUCCAGAGAUCCAGGUAAUUAAGAACCACGUAACAACAACAACAAAAAGCCUCAACCAGAUUUGCUGGAAUCUGAUUUCAGAAACAAAGAUAUAAGUGACUCUAGGAUGCUUGAGCUCAAGUGUUUAGUAGUCCAUCCUGUAAACUAAGCAAAUCCUUGCAUCAUUUUUGCCACCUUUUUCCAACAAAUUACAAGUGGAGCUUCCUUCCUGUGGUUCACUCUUCACUUUGGAAUAGCGCUCUGUAUUGCCUCAGAUCUUCAGAAACACUACAUUGUGUGGGGUUAGAAAGUAACUGUAGAAAGUUGGACGUUUGGGCAGUAUAGUAUAUUAACACCUGGUGUUUUGGACUGCACGUUAUGAACCCUUUCUGGAGCAUGUCUGCAAGUUCUACACGUAAGAAACCGGAAACGGAAGAAAAGGCUCUAGCUGGUGAGCUGAAGAACAGUCCUCCACGCUCUGCUCCCAAAAAGCAGUUGCCUUCUAUUCCCAAAAAUGUUAUGCCAAUGACCAAGCCUGCUUCUCCUGCCCUUUCAGCUCAGUCUACAAAUGGAACCCAUGCCUCCUACGGACCUUUCUAUUUGGAAUAUUCUCUGCUGGCAGAAUUUACUUUGGUUGUGAAGCAGAAGCUGCCGGGCGUCUAUGUGCAGCCUUCUUACCAGUCUGCAUUAAUGUGGUUUGGAGUAAUAUUCAUAAGACACGGGCUAUAUCAGGACGGCGUAUUUAAGUUUACAGUCUACAUUCCUGACAAUUACCCCGAUGGGGAUUGCCCACGCUUGAUUUUUGAUCUGCCCAUUUUCCACCCGCUCGUGGAUCCUGUCUCAGGUGAACUGGAUGUGAAAAGAGCAUUUGCCAAAUGGAGGCGAAAUCAUAACCACAUAUGGCAAAUACUGAUGUAUGCGCGUAGAGUUUUCUACAAGAUUGACACAAGCAGCCCUCUUAAUCCUGAAUCUGCUGUGCUGUAUGAAAAGGAUAUUCAACUCUUCAAGAGUAAAGUGGUUGACAGUGUAAAAUUAUGCAGCAGUCAUUUAUUUGAUCCACCCAAGAUAGAAGACCCCUAUGCAAUUAGCUUUUCUCCCUGGAAUCCAGCUAUACACAAUGAAGUUAGAGAGAAGAUGUUGACUCAGAAGAAGAAAGGAGAUGAUCAACAAUGUAAGAAUAUGCAAGUAUCUGGCCUGUCGUGGGUGAAACCGGGCUCUGUUCAACCCUUCAGCAAAGACGACAAGACUCUUCCCACCUAGCCCCUGCAAACAAUGAUGCACUCAACACUUUCUACGGGAAGAGGGAAUGUAGCAGAGCCGAACAGCGAAACUGUGGUUUCCCUUCUUGACUUUGGAUUAAUAGAGUAAAUGCUAGCCAUGACUAAAGCAAUCCUAUUCAGUGUGAUUGCUUGGACUCUUCUUGAUGUUUUACACACGUUUUAAUUGCAGCCUGGAAGUAGGUCUUAAAGAUUGGGCUUCUGUAAGGAAGUCCAUGGUGUGUGGGUAAUACUUCAGGAUUCAAAUAUACCUUGAGGUUCUUGAUGGGUUCCUUUUUAAAGCUUUUUUAAUGUAAAGAGCAGGCCAGAAAAACUCAUUCCAGAGAUAAUCUGUGUUUGUGUAAACUAAUACAGCAGAGUAAAAUACUAUAUUUAAAACUUUUAAAUGCAUUGGUUUCUAUUGUAAAUAUAUUAGGAUAUGGAAUUUGUAAAUACUUGGUUCCGAUUCUUUCUAGCCCUUUUAGGGGCAGAAAGGCUGAGACUGAUUAUGUAUGAUGUGUACCUA